CUUGCAGCUGACACACUCACACAUACAGGAAGUGGAGGAGUUGCGUCUUAACAAGUUUGAGCUGAGCCUCACGUAAACGAAAUGAAAAUGUGGCGCAUGAAGGUCGCAGCUAAAUGAAAUAUGCGCAGAUUUCCACUGAUUUCCCUCAGGAUCAAAGUUAUUGAACUACACUGCAGGACAGCAUGUCCCUAUCAGGAGUCACUCUUCAGAUUUUACUUCUUGCAGUCAUCGUUUUCACUGUAUCAGGGGUCCAGAAGCUGACCGUCACCCCUGAAAGAGGCACCACCCUCAACAUCAGCAGUAGUCUGCCCAAAGGUUGCAAAGUGUGCACCAGGGCAGGACGCUCACGACAAUGUAAUACAUUCCUUCUGCUAAGAGACAACACCCCUGUCUCAGUGGAGUUUGAAUGCUCCAGACCACAGGAUGUAUUCAGUGUGGAAACUGUGCAAAAUAUAGAAUGUACCAUAAAGUCGUGCAACAGCCACAUCAUCCAGGCUGACUCCGCCUUGCUUCCUUUGCUCGAUUUUAACCGCAAGUUCACCUGGAACCUAAAGGCCUCUGCGCCGAAAGCGUUCAAAAUAGACUUCAGCAACACCGGUCUAAGGCAGAUUAAUCCAUCGGAGAGAUGUCCAGACAGACACAGCUACGCCCUCCAGGCCUUCCAGACUACAGGGAAUGUGGUUGUAGGGAAAUACUGCAGAACAGGAACUAUCCGUAGUGCUCAGAUACUGAAUCAAGGUAGCUUUUCUCUGGAUGUCCCAGCAGGACAGAAGCUGCAAAAUGGCCAGUUUGAUGUGUCUGUUGGGGAGGAAAUCAAAUCCCUUGCCAAAAUUACAUUGAUGUUACCAAAAGGGGCCUCGUCCUCAGAGUUGCUCUCUCCAAACUACCCAGACAGUUUUCCUGAUGACGACGUGAUGGAGUGGUACUUUCAGGUUCCGGACACACACAAGACAGCUGUUCAGCUCUUAAAGCUCACACAGCCACGUUGUCUGAAGAAGGACACAGCAGUGGAGUACCACAGCAAAGGGAGAGGGGCGUUGGUGCUGAGGCUGACGGACCCCCAGCCGGAGCAGGAUCGGGGAAACUUCUCCCUGACGCUGAGGAACUGCGAGAUGGACAGAAGAGUUGCUGGUUCUCCUGGACUGUCCAUAAACCUCAAGGUGUCUUCUUCAAGUAAAAGUUCACUAGUGUUGUGUAAAGUGGAUGUGAGCAAACUGGAGGACCUUUCUCUUCACAUUGAGAAGUUGAGACCGGCCUCUGCCUGCGAGAUGAAAAUAAACUCUGUGCCGAAGGAGAAGAUCACAGUCACGUCAAACAGUGACCUGACUUUCCAGGACUGCCUUCCUGAAGACGUACAAGUCACUGCCAUGAGAGUCAUAGUGUGCAAUCAACUCAAAGACUGCCCGAAGACUCCGGCCUCUCUGUCGGUGCCUCUGCUGCCGACCUGCCUCCCCGCCCCUCUGAGCAGUGUGACCUGGACUCUCCGUCCUCCUCGGCAUGGCACCGUGGAGCUGACCUCUCCCACCGGGUCGAUCAAGCAGUCCCUACCUGGGCAGCCAUGCAAUGACAGCAUCGUUAUCAAAGUGGCCGAAGACGGUGGCACUACCGUUGGACACUUCUGCCCUCAGGGAUCCAUACAGAAGGUCCAAAUCCACACCAACGUGUCUGUCACUGUGUCCGGCAUGGGGGGUAAAGCUCUGAGGACGUCUUUCAAGGACGUGUUGAAUGUCAGAUUGAAAGAGGAGAUAUCAGAAAGAUACAUAUUCACCGUAUCUCCAAAGAGAGACACCCCUGUCCUUUUGGCUACUCCUGGUUGGCCAGUAGGAAUGAAAUCUUACUCCACCGUCUCCUGGAUUGUCACCGUUCCCACGAGUAUGGAUGCUCACCUGAUGUUUGCCAACCUCAGCCAGCCCAAGUGCAGCAACCGCCACACCAACAUCAGGGUUCAGAGAGUCGGCUACCUGACGGAGGACUACAGCCGCAGGGAGGAUGAGGAGGCCGAGAGGGAGAUCACCGUCUCCCAGAGCUUCUACCUCAACAUGUCCAACUGUAUGCCUGAAAGAGGAAACUUCAGCGUCAUCACCAAGAUCACCCUGCAGAAUAGCAAGAACCUGCUGACUAUCAUCCUGAGUGUGGUGGCUGCUCUGUUUGUCGUUUUUGUCAUCGUGCUGGUAUCAGUUUGUGUGGUGAUUAGGAAGAAGAAGAAGAAGAAGCAGAAGAAGUUGAAUUAUCAAGUGUCCAUCUACAAUCCAAACGACACCAGUUUCCUGCCAGGACCCAACGGCUUCCCAAAAACACGUGAAGACAACGAGUCCCAUGUGUACGCCUCCAUUGAGGACACGCUGGUCUACACAGACCUCCUCAGAAAGGGGUCAGAGAUCGGCGUCUACGGAGAGUUUGACACAUACCGGCCCUUCACAGGGCACACAGACUCACAAAAGCCACUGGUCUCUAAAAACACCGGUGCCGACGACAUGCAAGUUGGGGCUAACCAGCAGUUUGGGGUCUCAUCUCAAGAGGCUCCUCCACUUCCCAUCAGGCCUUCGAGCCACAACCAAUCCCUGGUGGACAAUGAGAUUUACCAGACUGAGGACCAAAGUGAGGAGGAACAUUCUCCCAAUAUGGGGCCACGGCUGGGGCCAGAGGGAGGAAACUGAGGAGAAGAUUGGAUUUGGCUUUCUGCUUUUCACUUGACCUACUUGAACUUUGAGAUAUCCAUUCCCUGGAAUCUGUGUGAUUACAUGAUGUUCAGCCUUGCAAGAUGCCUUUGUUUUGCCUCUUGAGUAGUUUUGCACUGACGCCAGGCACACCAGAUAACCCUGUUCAAACCUGCCUGCAGCUGUCAACUUGUUUUAUCUCAGAUGAAGGCGGAUUUGGUUUUGAAAGCAGCACAUAAUCAUUCCCUUUAUAUCAGAUUUUGCCAAUAUAAAGAGAUCUUGUGUUGCUUUUAGGCAAUGAAUUUUGUUUAUUAUAUAUUUUGUACGUAAUAUGGCUGUUUAUACAGGAGCAAAUGUGUGCUGUUUACAUGCUGAGUUUUUCAUUUUUAUCAUGAAUAGAGAGGACUCCACUGCUGUUGCAAUGUGCUGCACUUUUAUAGCAUCAUCAAAACAUGAUGGCCUGUAUUGCAGGCAAUUGCAACAGCAGAAUGUGCAUGGAGUAUUAUCUUUCUAUUUUUUAUCACUGCUUUUGCACCUGCUGUGGGGACUUCUACAUACAGCAUCAUUACACCAUAAUUGUGCCUUACAGAGAGGUCAAUACACUCCUGCUAAUACAGUUUAGGAUCCUAGAGUUGUUUUCAACCAUUAUGGUCCGGGGAUGAAUAAAAAUGAGUCCUUUUGUUCUUUUUUGGACCCAUAAACUUGGGAAUCUCAAGACUGGUCAGCUGCUAGCUAAGUGAUCUGUUUCUCUGGUCAUACUGAGACUUUUAUUUUGUUUUCUACUUGUGUAUUAUAAUGAAUGAGAACCCAUAUUUUACUCUUUGUUUUGAGAACCACAAACACUUUCUGCUGCACUAUAAUGACAUGAAACUAAAACCCUUACUCACUUAAUUGGAUCUGUGAGAAAAAAGUUACAUCUCAGAAAGAAAUGUCAGUGUCUGUAUUGACUGAAUCGUGUUAUUGAUUACAGGUAGCUUUUAAAGGAGAGACUGUGUGCGGCAUAUCCUUUAACAUAAGUGUGAUGAGUGCUCAAGACUUUUUCAUGUGCUGUUGUGAAGACAGACAGACAGUUUGUACAUUAACUGGGAAAUAGAAAAUCUUUAUUUAGCGUAUUGAUUUUGAUGUUUAUUUGAUCCAAAAGAUGCCAGAAAAAUUGGGUUUUAAAAUGAAACUGAAUAAAUUAUGUGUUUGUCUUGUAAAGCCUUGUUGCCUCCUGCAGUUCAAAGAAUGAACUGCAGUGGGAGACAAAGUUGCCUAUUAUUCCUGAGGAAAUAAAGUGUCCUUUUGCUCUCUAUAAAA